AUGUAUCUCUCGCCCUUGACUGUAAUAUUGGUGGCAUUUAUCCUCGGACUAUGGAUAAAAUCUUACAAAUCGAAUGGCAAAAAUACCGAUGCCCCCGGUCCAAAGGGAUGGCCUGUCAUAGGUAACCUUUUGCAGCUGGGCAAAAAACCUCACGAAACGUUGACCAGGUUUCGUAAAACUUACGGUGAUGUGUAUGCCAUUAAAAUGGGGAGUCGCGAAACAAUUGUCCUCAGUGGACUUCAGACAAUUCGAGCUGCCUUGGUAAAAAGAGCUGAAGAUUUCGCGGGUAGACCAGAUUUUUAUUCCUUCAAAUUCAUCGCUAAUGGCAACAGUAUGGGAUUCGGUGACUACGGUCCAAGAUGGAAGAUGCAUCGACGACUGGCUCAGAAUGCUCUGGCAAUGUUUAUCAACAAGAAAAAUAACCCUAUUGAAGAAUCAAUCUGUCAGGAAGCUAAUGUCUUGGCUAACAACUUGCUGCAAAAUGGCAACAAUCCUAUAGAUCCUCAUACAGAAAUCUAUCUAUCUGUGGGAAGUAUUAUUUGUGCUAUAUGUUUUGGUCAACGUUACAAGAGAGACGAUCCUGAUUUUCUCCAUUUAGUCAAAAUGAAUGACGAAUUUAUGGCUUUCGCUGGAGCUGGUAACCCCGUUGACAUCAUGCCAUGGAUGAGACAUCUGACUCGACGAUCCUUUAAUAGAUUUCUAGGAAUUUUAGAUUCCAUGAACCAGUUCUGCAAUAAGAAAAGACAAGAACAUUUGGACACAUACGAUCCGUUUUACACACGAGACGUUACUGAUUGCUUAAUCCAAGCAGUAGACGAGACUCCCAACGAGGAGAAAGAAGCUGUUGGUUUGACAGAUGAACAUAUAUUGACAACAGUACAAGAACUGAUCGGAGCUGGAUUUGAUACAAUUGCUAGUACGUUACAGUGGUGUGUUUUAUACAUGAUGACCAACCCACAAAUACAGGAAAUGGUUCACGGGGAGAUUAGGACUAAUGUUGGUUUAUUACGUUCACCUGAACUGGACGAUAUGGAAAAACUUCCGUUUACCGAGGCUUGUCUGUUGGAGACGAUUCGCAUUUCCUGUAUUUUCCCGUUUGCCUUGCCGCACAGUACAACUAGAGAUACGCAGUUUCAAGGCUAUUUUAUACCAGAUAAGACACUGGUAUUUGUUAAUAUGUGGUCAGUGAGCCACGACGAGACAAUUUUUUCAGAACCAAAGAAGUUCGACCCUCAUCGAUUCUUAACCAUCGAAGGUGAAAUCGACCGUGCCAAGCUGGAUAACUUUUUGCCCUUUGGGGCUGGUAGACGAAAGUGCCCUGGGGAGCAGCUAGCUAAGAUGGAGAUGUUUUUGUUCUUUGCUACGCUAAUGCAACGUUUAAAGUUUUCCCAAGUACCAGAAGACAAUGUUAUUGUGGACAGUAAAUAUGGCUUGACACUUAAGCCAAUUAAUUUCAGCUCGAUUGUAACAAAAAGAAUAUAA